AUGAAGGAGAACCUAAUUGGAAAACUGGAUUUGCUGCAGUUCCGGUACGAAAACUUGGAUCCCCCGCGGUUUCCGCUUUCUCGCAAGCUGGCAAAGUCCAAGAACGCGCACCAUGUGAAGCUUCUGAUGCUAUCUGAGGACGAAGCUUUCAAGAUGAUCAGACAAUUGAAAAGACAACUAUUCGAGCGCAAAUACCAUUCGGCAUAUCUCAAGUUAGAGCGCCUGCUGGGCGGACAAAUCAAGCAAGUGCUUAAAAACAAGACUACAAAACCCGAAGACCGCAUAUUGUACGAGAAGCUGGAGAGCGAGCUGGAUACCGUGAUAAAGCAGAAACUGACCAAGCUGGGGUCCAAGAUAUUUCACCGCGAAGAGGUGCGCGAAGUCCCGCCAACAUCGUUUUGGGAGGACCGUGAGAAACUGAAAGGGCACACAUACGAGACGGAACUAAAUAAUCUCGUGUCCAAGCUGUUCAACAAAAACACAGUCAAGGAGGUGGUGCAGCAGACAGAACACAAUUUCAAGCUGGUUCUUGGCGUUGACAAGAGAGAAAAGAAGCCCGAGACUGCUAAGCGGAGCGAAAGUGAGGAAAAAACGCCGAAGGACGAGUCUGAUAGCUCUGCUGACGAGUCUGACGAAGUGAGCGUUUCUGAGGACACCGAGAGCUCUGACGAUGAGAAACUAGAUACAAUCUAUUCGAACUACAAAUCCAUGGUGGCGGGGUCGUCGGACGAGGACGAGGACGAGCCUGAAGAGGGCGUGGAUUACAACGAGGUCACAGACGAGGAGCCGAGCGAACAGUCAAGCGAGUUUGACGGCGAGCAGCCGGACUACGAGACGGCAAAGGCCGAGCGCAAAAAGCUGAGCAACGACGACUUCUUCAGCGAGCUCCAGCUGCCUGCUUUGGCCGGCGGGUACUACUCUGGCGGCGAGGACGAGGAGGAGCUGGAGCAGGCCGAAAAAGACAUGAAAAAGCUGGCCAAGGAGCGCAAGAACAGACGGGGACAACGGGCUCGUCAGAAAAUCUGGGAGAAGAAGUACGGCAAGAACGCGAACCACAUCAAGAAGGAGCGCGAGCGAGUGCAAUCUGAGAGAGAAAAGCAGCGUCUGGCGUACGAGGAACGGGUCAGGAAGCGAGCCGAGAAAAAGAAGCAGGAGGAGGAGAAGAAAAAGCAGGAUCGGGAGAAGCUGAACAAGCCGGCCGCGGCCGACAAAAUGCAUCCGUCGUGGGAGGCCAAGCGGAAGGCCGAGGAGGCGCUGAAAAACGCCAAGUUCCAGGGAAAGAAGGUGAAGUUUGAGUAG